UAAAUUAAUGUCAACCUGACUGCUCGCCGGGAGAACUAACUCAGAGCACAGAGCGAAAGUACCUGCGAGCUGCUGCACAUACCCUUUAACAUGGCACGGCGGCCGAGAAACAGUGUUUACAGUAGUGAAGAGGAUGAGGAGGAGAACGAGAUGUAUGAACACGACUAUGAUGGAUCACUAGCCAAGACGGGGAAACGCCACCUCGGGAAAACACGCUGGACACGAGAAGAGGAUGAGAAUUUGAAAAAACUUGUGGAGCUUCAUGGAUCAGACGACUGGAAGCGAAUCGCAAGCCUAUUAACUAAUCGUACAGAUGUGCAGUGUCAGCACCGAUGGCAGAAAGUGCUGAACCCAGAACUCAUCAAAGGACCAUGGACUAAAGAGGAGGACCAGAGGGUGAUCGAGUUGGUCCAGAAAUAUGGAGCCAAGCGCUGGUCGGUGAUCGCCAAACACCUGAAGGGACGAAUUGGCAAGCAGUGCCGCGAGCGCUGGCACAACCACCUGAACCCGGAGGUGAAGAAGACCUCCUGGACUGAGGAGGAGGACAGGAUCAUCUAUCAGGCGCACGAGAAGCUGGGCAAUCGCUGGGCCGAAAUUGCAAAGCUGCUCCCUGGCAGGACUGACAAUGCUAUAAAGAAUCACUGGAACUCCACCAUGAGGCGGAAGGUGGAGCAGGAAGGCUACCUUCAAAGCGCGUCGAAGAACGGCAACUCCUCGCUCUCCAUCAACCACGGCUACGUCAAGACCAACAGUCACAUUAUGGGUUUCCCCAGUCACUCGCCCAGUCAAGCGCAGCUGCCUCCCCUGUCACCGCACAACUACAGCUACAUCUCCAACACACACAGGGUGUCCUUCCCCAUGGCGUUGCAUUUGAACAUCCUGAACAUUCCCCAGCGUGGGACCGCUGCUAUACAGAGACACUAUAGUGAGGAAGACCCCGAGAAGGAACAGAGGGUGAAGGAGAUUGAACUGUUGCUCAUGUCAACAGAAAAUGAACUAAGAGGACAGCCAUCACUACCAAUGAAUUUGCCAUAUCCGACCUGGGCCAGCCAAAGCCCUUUGACCAGCAGCUCCGAGGGUGUGGCCAUGUUGUUCCCUCCACACCAGGAAGCGGCCCCCACCCUGCCCCUGGACCAGAGCUGCCUACCAGAGGAGAGCGCCUCUGCGACACGUGCGCACGGCAACAACAGCAGCAGCAGCAACAACAACAACAACAACAACAGCAACCGUCAUCACAGUGGCUCGUUCUCAAAUACUAUUCCAGAGUUCAUGGAAUCCAUGGAAGUCAUUGAUUCAAGCCUCUCCUCAGUGGGUGAAGCCACUACCAGUGGGCUCUUGGGUAGGAGCGCUCACAGAACAGACAGGGUCUCGCCCAGUCAGAGCUCGAGAGCUGCUCACGGAGCGUGGGCUGCUUUCAUCUGCUCAACACCCAAGCCUUCACCAGUCACAAAUCUCCCCUUUUCACCUUCACAGUUUCUCAGCCAGUCCAUGAGCCCAGAACACUCUGACAACGACAGUUUACCAAUGAACUCCCCCGUGGACACCAAGCCUCUGAUCGAUGUCAAGCCGCAGAAAGAGAAUGAAAUGUUCAGAACUCCAAACAUUUGCCGUUCCAUCCUGGAGUCAUCACCUCAGACGCCAACGCCUUUCAGAUCAGUUCUGGCGCUGCAGGAAGCCAAGUACGGACCACUCAAACUACAGAACAUCCCUUUGGAGCAGCAGAUGGUCCACUCCAUCAAGCAGGAACCGAUUGAGUGCGCCAUCGAGCAGCCUCCUCUGAAGAAAAUAAAACAGGAGGUGGAAUCACCAUGUGAGAGGAGCCCGUGUAUGCAGUGGGAAGCACAGGACCUUCACACACAGCUCUUCUCCCCCAACGGCCCUGCACAAGAAGUGCCUGACCUUCUCACAAGCUCAUUGCUGAGUGAAGACGGACACAAAACGUACCACCUCACCCACAGAGGCAUGGGCAGCCCACUACAGCAGCUCAGCACCUGGGAGCAGACGACCUGCGGGAAAACGGAGGAGCACGCGUUGUCUUCGGAGCAGAGCCACAAAUACAUCAACACUUACCCCACAAGGACACUGGUCAUGUAGAUGGAGGGACACACACACACACACGUUGAACUGGAAACAUCAACACUCAGUGCGCUGGACGCAGCGUGGCGGGUUUCAUAUUUGUUGUGGUACAACAGUUGGUGUUUUUACACUCACACUUGUUGGAUUUCAACCAACCAAAGACUAUACCUUUUUUUAUUUUAUAUAUAUCUUUUACAUAGAAUUUGCUUUGGGUUUUUUUUUUUUUUAUAAUGUUUGUCCUCUCAAUUUUGGUCCUAUCAUUGUAUUAUUCUCAAUGUUGUAUUAUAAAUGGGAUAUGGUGGCUAUAUAAUUUGGGCUGUAUUAUUAAUUCUGAAUUUUUGAUAUUAAUAUAAAGAACAAGUUGAUUAAUUUAUUUCUUUUUUUUUAUGACUUUAUUGAUGUUUUCUUUUACAAUUGGCCAAUGGAGCAGUGUUUUUAAGUUAAGUAUUUAAGCCCUCUUAGCAUUAUCAUAUAUCUAAUGGCAUAUUAAUGAUUUCAAAACUGACCUCUGAAACUUUUCUGUUGCUUUGUUUGUUGUUCAAAUGGAUUGAAUGGGUCUACUGAAAAUUUCAAACGUUCGUGCCACCUCGUGACCUCGUACUACUGAACUUGUCAACAGUUAACGUCUCUCCUUCACAUCGUUAUUCAACUACAAAUCACCACGUCUUUUUACAGCAGGAGAGGCCUUAUUAGUAUUACCUAAUUGCCACUGGGGCACCUUUAUUUAUACAUAUUAAUUAUUAAAUUAUGACAAUCAAUUUGCUAUCAGUAAUAUAAUUCGUUUCAUGUACGACGCAUGACUAUGACGUUACAUUCUUUCAUGUUUGAAACCAUGAGCUUUUACCCAGUAAAAGUAAGGACCAAGAUGCACUUGAGUUUUAUAUUCUCCAUUAAAAAAAAAAAGCAAGAGUACGAAACACUGAUAUUUUAUAUUAUGCUACAAACAAAAGCCCAGUCGAAACUUUUGUAUGGUUUUUGUUUUUUUUCUAAUUGUUUUGUGUAUUUUUUUAUUUUUUUUGUAACGCAUAUUCAAUCAGCAUUUUGUUUUUAUACCGAGACUGCAGUAGCCCGCGUGACACACUUAGCAGACGACUUGUUUUACCGUAUUUUUGAUGCCUUGUUUUUAUACUAGCUUUUGAGCAAAAGUCAUUUUAUGAAAGCAUUUAUACAUGCCAAGUUUCUUGUUUUUUUUAUGUCUUUUUAUACUUUUCUAAACUGCCUAGUAAAUAAAGUGUGUUGUUUUAUUACA